ACUACGGGGCUUGGGUUCCCCCGACUGAGCUCAGCUAACGACGAGCACGGGACGCUAGGCAAGAUGAUGGGCAGACGAUUGGGUCCGGCGUUGAAUACCGUGUGGGGGAAGCUGGCAAAGGUGCUUCGCCCGCGGAAGGUGCGGUCGGUGAGUAUUUCUGCCACUGUGGACCCCAAACCGGGUUGUAGCCACCCGACUUUUCACCCGAUAAAAGCAGUAAAAAUGACCAAUAAACCGAGUGAAGUCAAGGAAUUUUAACCGUAAGACACGGUGACUCGAGUAGGUGAAAGCACCCUGAAAGCGGGGUGAAUUGAUGAGUGAGAAGAGCCCGGUCAGAACCCGCUGGUUGGGUGAAUUACGGCGCAACCAGGUGUAGUCCGCGAGGCCGUUUUGCUACUUACAGGGCAUUCAGAUGAGAAGAGCUAUGAACGAGUAUGCAAAAAUGUAUAGAGGGCAAGCAUUAGAGACUAUUGGGGCACAAGGGGUCGUACAUAGGGAUGUAUGGGAAGUAAAGCCAUGUCGAGGGCGUGGGGCACCACCCGCGAGCAAUGACGGGAAGGCAUGCGCGACCGGGCGCGUGGCGCCCUUACAAUACUGGUAAGUUGGGCACGAUUCUGCAAUGGUGUCAGUACGUAUGACGGGCGCACGUAGCUGAGCACGCACCUUAGCUACAUCGCGCUGGGGCUAUGACGAGGGCCCACGGCUUGUUUUCCGCACCCUUCCCGCACCUGUC